AUGAGCCGAACCGAAGAAACAGUUUCUCCUCCUUGGGGUUCAUUGCCCGUCGAGCGUUAUCUGCUUAGCAAAUGGGACUCUUCCUCAGAUCUAUCAGUUGAUGAACAGCGAGGGGAGCUCGUGAAAGCCUUUGUACAAGAAAAUGACAUAUCAGCUUUCGCUUUAAUAUCGGCGGAAGCCAUUAUAACAGAUAGACAAGAGCUCAUCCAAACAGUGCUGGUGCCCUGGCGUUCGCAGAAACUUCGUCGCAUAGCUAAGAAAUAUGAUCCUUACAAUACUUUAUUUGAUACCCUUACUGUCCUACGCACUCACUACGGCGGCGACAGUGAUGAAAAGUUCACUCGUUGGAUUGGCGAUGCGUGCGACGCCUUUGACGAUAUGGACCCAGACGGUGAUCUGUUUGGUCCAUCCGAUGAACGCUGGUGGCGCGUCCUUGACGAUGCUUCUCUCUUCGACAUGGCUUCUCAUGAAUGGCAGAACGUAUACACAAUCCUCCCUGAACUGGCUGCAUCGGCACUGCGGCGAGAUUUCAACGAUAACGAUGUGCAAGAGGCUAAGGAAUUGGUAUCAUCCAUUUGCGACUCCCGAGCGCCAGAAGAAGAUGACUACGAAGACGCCAUCUGUGAAAUAGCCAAGGUUGGAUUCUGGUUGAUCGUCGCUGACAAAGAGGCUUUCGGAGAUGAGGAAUUACUUUUGGUUUUUAUGGACAAGAUGGGCAAUGUUGUCAGACAAUCGGCUAUCAGUCCAGAAGACUUGCCGCAUCUACCCCAUUAUAUCCUACGUGGAUCAAUCACUGAAUCUGGAUUUUGGCGUGACGCAGAGGUGGGAAAGAAGUACAAGUCAAGAGGGCAAAUUAUGCGCGCGGUGCUACCACUUGUUAUGGCAGAGUCUGAGUGA